CCGAUGGGGAAAGGAAAGGAAAGAGAGAGAAAAGCGCACGAAAAGAAAACAGAGAGAAAUGAAACUGCCCUGCUGCUGCUGAGGUCGGCCUCCUGGCGAUGAGCCCCCGCCGCCGUCCCCCGCUGCUCCUCCUCGCCGCCGUCGCCGUCGCCUGCGCCUGCGCCGCCGCCCGCCCCUGCGCGGCCCUCGUCCGCCUCGGUGCCGCCUCCUUCCUCGACGCCCCCGCGCGCUUCGGGCCCCGGGUGACCGGCGACGGGAUAUGCGGGUCGCUGCGCGCCGCGGAGCCCGCCGACGCGUGCGCGCCCGUCCGGGGCGCCCCCGGCGGGAGCGGCGGGAUGGCGUUCGUGCUCAUCGCGCGCGGGAACUGCAGCUUCGAGGGCAAGGUGCGGGCGGCGCAGCGGGCCGGCUUCGACGCCGCGCUCGUCCACGACGACGAGGACAAGGCCAGCCUCUACUCCAGAGAUGCGCACUUGGUGAAUGGAUUUGGCUUCCGCUGCCUGCCAAGUUAUGAUUCAAAGCACACAGUUGGACUCGGCGUGGUUGGCGAUCCUGAGGGCAUACACAUACCUGCGGUAUUCGUAUCCAAAAUGGCUGGGGAAACCUUGAAGAAGUUUGCCAGAGGUGAAGAUGGGGAAUGCUGUAUAAACUCGUCGAUGGAUGAGACUGCAGGGACAGUGUUGGUGAUGUCGUUCGUAUCACUUGUUGUCAUCAUAUCAGUUGUAGCUUCAUUUCUUUUCGCUCGGAACUGCCGACUUUUACGCAAUGGAGUUGAUAAUCGCCCACCUUACAUCAAGAAGCAUGUGGUGGAAAAGCUUCCUUCUGUGGUAUAUAAAGCUCCCUGCUCAAGUGGCAACAAUUGUGAAGAAGCCUGUGCCAUUUGUUUAGAAGACUAUGAUAAUGGUGACAUGCUUAGACUUCUCCCAUGCAAACAUGAGUUUCAUGUGGAGUGUAUUGAUCCCUGGCUGACAAAGUGGGGCACAUUUUGCCCGGUAUGCAAACUUGAGGUACUCACAGGUGGAUAAGCAGGCAAGCUAGGAGUAAGUCUCAGGUGAAUAAGCAAGCCUCCGUUACUGCAUACUCCCUUCGUCCGGAAAUACUUGUAGAAGAAAUGGGUAAAAAUGGAUAUAUGUAGAACUAAAACACAUCCAGAUACAUCCAUUCCCCCGACAAGUAUUUCCGGAUGGAGGGAGUAUAUACAAGUAGUGCUCGGCGGCAUGACGGUUAUAUCCAGGCGUGCUGAACUGGUUGAUCUGUUGUUGGCUGGGUUUGCAAGAUAGAUCAAUGCCGAACAUUUUAUCAUGAGGAUGGGGUAUGGGCUGUGCGGUCUCUGGGACUGGGCCCGUCUUGAUACCCAGUAGAAGAUUGAAUUGUGUCGUUAACAUUGAGAUGAACUGUUUAAUUGAGGUGUAGUAUGUGGAAGCCAUCUUGUAAUUAUAUGUCAGAAGUUCAAUUGCUUCUUUCCCAUGCA